AUGCAGCUCCUCUUCCGACCCUCAGCCCUCUCACUCUCCCUUGCUCUCACCUCCGCCAUCUUCCCCACGGUCGUCUCCUCGUCCCGCUCCUGUCCCCCCCUUGGCGCCAUCCUCCCCGCGCCCCAAUCCCCCAGCUCAUCCACGCAUCUCGCCCCCUCCAUCGCGAACCUCACGUCUCUCCUCGACGCGACCCUCGCCGCGCACUACAACGACAGUGCUGUCGCCAUCGCCGUGCAGUCCAUCCACGAGGAUGCGCCGCUUUUUACGUACUAUCGCACGCCAAAAACUCACGCCGGGCCGUCGUAUGGUGGAGGAGGUAAAGGAGGGGGUGGUGGAGGAGGUAAAGGAGGGGGUGGUGGAGGAAGUGAGAGAGACGUCGACGGCGAGACCAUAUUUCGGGUGGGCAGCGUGAGCAAGCUCGUUGCUGCGCUGGCGGCGCUGCAGCUGAGCCAUAGUCGCGACCAGGAGAAGGCCAGGAUUGAUCUCGAUGCCAGUGUGCUCAAGUAUAUCCCCCAGCUGGCCAACUCUACCGCCGAGGGCAUCGUCCGCACACCCUGGAAGGACGUCACCGUCCGGUCCCUGACGAGCCACCUCUCCGGCCUCUCCACGAACACCGCCACCGACAUAUCCCUCCUGCCUAUCCCCUGGACGCAACUCGGCUUGCCCCCCAUCGUCAACGGCACCGGGCCAGCAUGCUCCGCCUUUCCCGGCACGGCACAGCUCUGCACCAAGGCAGACCUCAUUCGGGAUCUGAACCGCCGGCCGCCCGUGUACAGACCCUACGCCGCGACACCUGUGUACUCUAACACGGCGUUUGCGCUCUUGGGCCUGGUCAUCGAGGCUGCUACGGGGCGCACGUUCAAGGACGUCGUGCAGGAGCAAAUCUUUGAGCCUGCGGGCAUGAACAGCUCGUCGUUUGAUGGCCCGGUUGGGUGCUUCGACAAGAUGGGCUUUGUGGCGCCUGGGGAGACGACGUGGAAUGCCACCCUUGGGGUCUAUGAGCCCGCCGGCGGCAUGUUCUCCAGCACCCGCGACCUCCUCCGCCUCGGCCACUCCAUCCUCACCUCGCGCCUCCUCCCCCCGCCCCUCACCCGCGCAUGGCUGCACCCCCUAUCGCACACCUCCUCGCCCGGCCAGUCCGUCGGCGCGCCCUGGGAGAUCCUACGCGCCGACAGCCUCCUCUCACCAUCCGGCGGCCUGGCAUCUUCUCGCGGCGUCGGGGCCAACGGACGUAACUCGCGAGACCGCAACCGCAACCGCAUCAUCGACGUGUACACCAAGACGGGCGACCUGGGCCUCUACCACGCGCACCUCGCCCUGCUGCCCUCCCACGACCUGGUCGCGUCCGUCAUCGUCGCCGGCGGGUCCGUCUCUGCUGAUUCGAUCGCGCGCACGAAGCUGCUGAGCGAGACGCUGCGAGGGGUUGUCCCGGCGGUGGAGCGCGCGGGGAGGGAUGAGGCGAGGCUGCGGUAUGUUGGGCGGUAUGUAGAUGAGGAGAGCAACUCUACUCUGAGCAUCACCAUGAGCGACAAUGCCAACAACGACAACGGGAGUCAUAAGGGCGACGAGAACGAAGAUGACGGGACGGGCCUGACCCUCUCCGGCUUCUCUGUGCGCGGCGUCGAUGUCCUCGCCAACAUGGACAAGUUCAACAACCCGGCCCCCGCCGCGGGAUCCAACUCCUCUGCGCCGGGCCCCCAGAUCACCGCGCGCCUGUACCCCACAGACGUGACGGCCCGGUCGGAGGGAGCGAAGUGCGGUGGCAGCAACGGGACUGGCGUGGUCGCGGAGACGGCGUGGCGGGCCAUCGUCGAUACAACGACCGACGCGCAAAAGGACGAGCUGGACGCGCAGCUGUUCUACAUAGAUGGGAGCUGCGAGACGUGGUUCGGUAUUGACGGCCCGGCAUACAACUACUUUACUCUCACCGAGUUCGUGUUCCUAGCAGGCAAGGAUGGGGUUGUCACGGGGGUCAGGAACCCGGCGUUCAACGUAACAAUGAGCCGGACAACUCAGCUGCCUACAACCCCACAUCAAGUUGCUUCUAUUGAGGCCGACGCUUAUGCCACAGAAUUAGAUUAG